UUACAUCACAUGCACUAAAAUGUCUGCUGAUGUAACCGUCAAACUGCGCAUGAGUCGUUUGUCCCUUGUCACUUCCCGUCGCUGUUUGGCGAAACCAUACUGUAGGUUAGUGGACGUGCAAGUUGUCAGGUAAAAGUGAAAAGCAGACGAAGACGAACCACAAUGUGCAGCAGUGUGCUGUGUAGUCGAGGGAGGUUGGUCUUAUCUCAGACGGCUGGCCAUCGAGCAUUAGCUGCUCUCAGUGUCAGCAGGACCAGAACCUUCUCUGCUGCCAGCUCAGAUGAGCCUUACAUAGCUGUAUCACACACGGACUCAGGCCCCAGGACCGUGUGGCCUGAUGAGAAUAUGGGACCAUUUGGACCUCAGGACCAGCGCUUUCAGUUACCGGGGAACGUCGGGUUUGAUUGCCACCUGGAGGGCAUGGCGGACCAAAAGAAGACUCCGGUUCACCGGACGGUACCUGAUGUACUGACAGCCCCAAGCUGCGCAGAGAGACAGCAGUUCAUACUGGCCCAGUUUGUUAAUGAGUUCCAUGAAAAACUGGGUCCAAUAUCCACGAGGGUCCACAAAGCUGAGCAGUACUUUAAUCAGACUGGCACAGACUUCUCCAUCAAUUCCUGCCCUGAGCUUUUAAGGAAGGAUCUCGAGCUGUUGUUCCCCUUAGCGCCCACCACGUCCAUCACAGUUGUGACUGUCUCACAGAGGAGCAGUCUGUGUGAGGAGGCAGUGCAGCCGGACAGAGAGCAGCUGCUUCACAGAUUUGUUAGCGGGGCAAAGGAAAUGUGCUUCGCUCUGUGGACUGCAGGCUACUGGGCGGACUUCAUUGACCCAACAACAGGAGCAGCUUUCUUUGCAUCUCCAAGUCCAAACACACUGCAAACAGAGGAGGAGUUGAGACACCUGGGCUUUCACAUCGAGGCGUCAGGCUCCUGCACAGUUAUUCGCCACAUCCUGAGAGGAACGCCUUUGUUUGUGGGAGCUGUAUUCACCAAUGCACCUACUCACAGCGCUGCAAUCGCAAGACUACAAGGACUUUCAAAUGUACUGGAUGAUGAGGAAUAGGCUUUUUUUAUAUUCCACAGAACUAAAUCCAAACACAGGGCCUCUAUUUAUGGUUUGAAGAAGCUUGAAGCUUAAUAUAUAUGGUAUUGUUGGUACUUGAUUGUAUCAUUGAAAGUUUGUCUUAGUGUAACAAGGAGUUGGCUGAGACUCUAAUGUAGACCUCGAUGCUGUGCCUGACUAACGAGAGGUCUCAUGUCAACCCAUCCUAUCCUGCACUACAUCCAGGGAGAAACACACUCAGUGGGUUCUGACCACAUUACAGAUAAAUCAGCAGUUUAAAAAACUUGUAGACAAAGUUAAUACUUUGGAGACGACAUCAUCUGUCUUUUAUGUUAUGAGAACCCCUCAUACGGUCUUAGCUCAGGUGAAAAGAUGUCGAUUGCAGCAACACCUCAAGAUUCUAGCUGAAUGAUAUCAGGUCAAUGACCUUUCAUACAAACAUGUACAGUAUUAUUUGUCUCUGAUCUGUUGCACAGAAUCUAAAGAUAUAUGGACACUUUUUCUGUUGAAGCACCAGAGCUGUGACAGUCAGAACUGCUGAACAAAUAAAGAGACCUAUAAUCAGG